UCCACGAUGAGAGAGAACCAUGGACCGGCUGCCUCCUGCAGGCCCCCCACUGGGGAUCGAGCCCGCAGCCCGGGCCUGUGCCCCGACCGGGAUUAGAACCAGCGACCUCUUGGUUGGCUGGUUGAAGCGCGACCCCCGAGCCACGCGGGCUGGGCUGCACGGCUCUUUCUGAAACAAGGACGUGUUGCCCCGGCCGAGGCGAAGAUGCCCAGGUUUGGUUUCUCGCGAGGAGUGGACAAGCAGCAGCUUUCUCGGGGCAGGGCCUCUGGACUGGCGAGGGGCCCUGGUUCUAGUGAUAACCCUUCGCUUCUCUCGGGUCUGAUUCCAGUGGCUGUUGGCCAGAUCGGGAACUUCCUGGCGUACACGGCGGUCCCCACGGUCCUGGUGACGCCCCUGGGUGCCCUCGGCGUGCCGUUCGGGUCCAUUCUAGCCUCGUACCUUCUGAAGGAGAAGCUCAACAUCUUGGGCAAGUUGGGGUGUCUGCUCAGCUGUGCGGGCUCCGUCGUGCUGAUCAUCCACUCCCCGAAAUCUGAGAGUGUGACCACGCAGGCCGAGCUGGAGGAGAAGCUGACCAACCCAGUGUUCGUGGGCUACCUGUGCAUCGUGCUGCUCAUGCUGCUGCUGCUCAUCUUCUGGAUCGCGCCGGCGCACGGGCCCACCAACAUCAUGGUCUACAUCAGCAUCUGCUCGCUGCUGGGCAGCUUCACCGUGCCUUCCACCAAGGGCAUCGGCCUGGCCGCCCAGGACCUGCUGCACAACAACCCGUCCAGCCGGCGCGCCCUGGGCCUCUGCCUGGUGCUGCUGGCCGUGCUGGGCUGCAGCAUCAUCGUCCAGUUCAGGUACAUCAACAAGGCGCUCGAGUGCUUCGACUCCUCCGUGUUCGGGGCCAUCUACUACGUGGUCUUCACCACGCUGGUCCUGCUGGCCUCCGCCAUCCUCUUCCGCGAGUGGAGCCACGUCGGCCUGGUGGACUUCCUGGGCAUGGCCUGCGGCUUCACCACCGUCUCCGUGGGCAUCGUCCUCAUCCAGGUGUUCAAGGAGUUCAACUUCAACCUCGGGGAGAUGAACAAAGCCAACCUGAAGGCGGACUAGGCGGCGGCGGGGGCGGGACGGGGCCGAGGAGCAGGCAGCGGGUGUGGUUUCGGGACCUGAUUGGAGGCGGAGGACGAGAGCCGACGUGGCUGGCGUGGGAGCUGGGGGCGCCUCGGUGGGGGUGUGGUCCGGGGACAGCGGGGCCUCAGGUCGCUCCUGGGCGCCGUCUCUGAGGAGAGGGAUCCGUGUUCAUUGCCGUGACCCUGGAAGCUGUCAUGAGUCCUCGUUCCUUCCAACCUCCUGACAUUAUUUCACGUAGAGAAGAAAGACGGCUCUUUCUGGUUCAUCCUUGACCAGUGGGUCCCGGAUGUGGCCCGUAGGCGUGUUGUUUUGCGUUGAGCCCCUCUGGCCUCGUCCAUGUCAGCGGUCCGUGCGUUUACUCGUGUCUGAUCCUCUCUGAACUGGCUCUCCCUCCCCGGACGUGGCAGAUGGAGCGAGAAGAGCGCUGGCUGGCAGUGCCGCGCUGUCGGGGCCGCCGGGUAACGUGAGUCAAUUUCAGUGCCUUUAUCACUCGAACUGUAUUCAGUUAGUUUGGCUGUGGCUGUGCGCCUGCUCCCUGGGCUUAUGGUAACGCUUACGCCGUCAUGUCACCGUGCAGAACACGCGUGUGCACAGGGGCCGUAGGUCACGGCGUGCCGUCUGUGGGCGGAGUCAGGACGGAAGACACGUGAGAGGGUUGGCCCGUGCGCUUGUCGUGGUUGCCCAGUAAAGACGGCGCCAGAGGAGCAGGUGGUCCCUCGUCCGUCCGCCUCCGUCUGUGCGGCUGGGAUCCCGAACCCGAUGAGGGCCCACGGCCUCUGUCCGUGAACUCGUGGCCGCUCAGAAGACGUGACUUCUGUCCCCUGGUGGUGAGGCUGUCGGACGGGAGGGUGCGUGGUCAGCGGCUCACCUGUGACUCGGGAACGAGGUGGAGGACCCAGUGAGGCCGAGGCCCGUCCGAUUGGAACGAACACACAGAGCGAGUUUUCAGAGUUUCCAGCAAAAGGGGAAAAGGAGGGGUUUGGCCUGUGCCCGCUGUCUGGGACGGCAGAGCCCAGGGCCGCUCGCCUGCCUCGAAUUCAGCUUCUGAAGUGCAGCCUGGCCGCCGGCGAGGCCAGGAUUUGGGUCAGAGACCCUCCGCGCGUGUUACCUGGGGCCAGGCCCAGAGCGAGCGACGUGUUUCACGGGAGACCGUGUCCUUUGCGGGCGAGGUUGUAGCGAAACGGACUGUGCCACGCUGGGCCCGUUCACUGCGCGUGUGCGGGGAGGGUGACUGACCAGUGGACGGUCCGUUUACUUUGCGGCGACUUGUGUGUGAGGCUUAGCUGCAGCCGGUUGGCGUUCCUUCUGCAGGAGGAGGCAUCCGGGUGACCAUCCCUAUGUUUGUUUAUAAUAUUGUUUUUCUUGUGUGUGUUUUUUUUAUAUUUUUAUUGCUUUCAAAGAGGAAGGGAGAGAGAGAGAGAGAGAGAGAGAAACAGCCAUGCUGAGACAGAAUCACGGAUCGGCUGCCUCCUGCAGGCCCCGUACUGGGGAUGGAGCCCACAACCCAGGCCAGUGCCCCGACCGGGAAUCGAACCGUGACCUCCUGGCUCCUAGGCCAACGCUCAGCCACGGAGCCUCACUGGCCGGGCCGUUGUUAAACUUGCCUUUUUUUGCAGAAGCUCAUCCCAGCCGCCCGAGGUGGCUUUGUUCUUCCCCUUCGGGUUUCCGGUCGAUGGAAAGGGGACCAUCGAAGGCUGUGGUCGCCUCUGGUUCCCUCUCGACAGCUCAGCUCUGUGCUGGCUCUGGGCCGGUUCCUAGACAGUUGCAAAGCCCUCGAGACCCGGGUCUCCCAGGGGAGGGCGGCCACGUUGGCCCGAGGAGACGGGAAACCUUGUUGGGAGCGACACCCCUUUCCCAGCCCUCGCAGCUCACCUGGAGCCGCCCCCAAGUGCUCUGCCGGCCGACCUCCACCCCCGGCUCUUUCCGGACGCGACGGGAUCCCGGCUGGGCCUCCUGUGGCCGAGUGGGAAGCUGGAUGGGGACGCGUCCUUGCCCAGUCCUGCUCUCUAUCUGAUGGGCUGCAGGGGUCGGAAGGCCUGGUCCCCCCCCCACACCCGCGAGCAGGACUGGUCAGAAUCUGGAGAACCGCCUUCUCAGGGACCAGAGGCCACAGGCGCUCCUCAGCUGCGACUCGCUCCCAGGACGCCCCCGUGAGUUCCCCGCAUGUGCCGCUCCCGCCCGCACUUGGGCGUCUGGGACUCGGGUUGGAAAGGGAGAGAUGUUUGCCACCAGACGUCACGCAACCCGGUUGAUCCUGACAAAUACCUCGCUUCCUGCCUUCCUCGCGCCCACUCCCCUUGUCCUGGGGGCGGACUCCGGUCCUUGAGCUUCGAGGUGACUUCACGUCCGGCCCGAUCCUCACCCUCCGUCGGGUCCUGGAGAAGAUGGAGGAGGAUGGAGACGGGGAGGAGGACCUGCCUCAUCUCUAAUGUAUUUCCAUGCACAUUUCCCACAUGCUAGCAAAUGCACAGAAUAAUUCUGUUUUAAGGAAAUGUCUGUCACAUCAAAAAAUAUCUGGUAAAACAAUGGACACUCAGUG